ACAUUAAGAAAAAAUAAAAAUAAUAAUUGCAUAUAUUUUAUUAUAUUAAUAUUAUACUAAUUAUAGGUAUAUUGAAAUAAAAAUAUGGUGAGAAAAUAUCCUACUAUGCUGAAAAUAGCCGGGGGGGGGAAUGUCCACUUACCAAUUAAUUCAUAUUUCAUAAUAUUAAAAUAUAAUAAUUUUUUCCUAUUUACUAUUAAAUAUUUUGUAUUUGGUUUUCGAGUUAUUUUCAGAAGUGUAUACCCGUAAAAUAACAUUUUACAUUAAGUAUAAGACAAAUACACCCCUGAUAAUAAUUACAUGGAAACUAUAUUAGAAAUGUCUUCAGAAGAAAAAAUAAGUGAUGGCGCAUCAAAUAACGAGAUUGUUGAUUUUAGUAUUUACUAUUUGGAUAUGGUGGAAUGUCCAUUAGAUCCAAACCAUAAACUUCGACGUCACAGGCUGCCAUAUCAUCUUUUAAAGUGCAAAAAAAACUUCCCGGAUAAAAUACAAUGUCCUUAUGGACAUUAUUAUUAUUUAGAAAAACAUGAAAUGGCUAAUCACUUACAACUAUGCCCUCAUAAGCCAAGGUCAGUUCAAGCUGAAGAAAUGCAACCGUACAUAGUGCAAGCUCAACGAGCUAGAAAUGAGAAUAUCGUUUACAACUAUGAUGUUGACGAUUUUAAAAUUGAUGAACCCUAUUGGGACUAACCAUUAAUUAUUUUAUUCAUUUUUUGUCCCCAUUAGAGUGUUAAAUAUUAUUUAAACCAAUGAUAUUUUUACUGUAUCAAGGACUAAGGUUAAUAUUAAUUUUUUUUUCCUAUUACUUAAGUAAAAGUUUUUUUUUUUUUAUUUUAAUCAUUACACUUUUUAUGCUAAGUAUAAUGUAUAUGAAUUCAAUUAGCAUCAUAAUAUUUUUUAUAUAAAAAUGUAAUUUAAUUUUUGUCAUUUUAUAUAUUAUGUUAAGGCGUUACAUUAUGAGACUAUGUAAAUUGUAUAAAAAUAUUUCCAUUGUACAACAGUAUUUAUCACUGGAGUUAAGCAUUAUAAAUUUACUAAUUGUAUUAUUAACAAUAUUUUUAUAACACAAUAUCUAAUUUUGAAGAGUUAUGUUAAAUGAUUAUAACUAAGGUAUUAAAACCAAUUUUCUUACAUUUUA